AGCAGAGGAUUUAACGGGACUUUGUGUCGGUUUGAGUUGCUUUUAAAGAAGGAUGAAGACGCUGGUGGUGUUCCUGCUCCUUAUGAAUGUUUCCCAGCAUGCCCUGGCUGUUGUGGUGGAGGUGAAUGAGGGGGAAAGAUAUGUCCUGCUGCCCUGUCAGUACUUGGGGUUUAUACCUGAGAAUCCCACAGUGAUGUGGACUCGCAGUGAUCUCAAUCCCAAAUCUGUCCAUGUGAGACAAGAAGAAACAGACGAUCUCAGAGGACAAAACCAGCUUUACAGCCAGCGCACAUCGAUGAGACCUGAUGCUCUGGACACCGGAGACUUCAGCCUCACUCUGACAAAACCAACAAAGACUGACAGCAGCAUCUACACCUGCUCCAUCAGUGAUGGGACAGAAGAACGGCGACUGAGAGAUAUCCAGCUGCAGGUCAAAGACCAACAGGUGGAGGUGAAGGUGGAGGAAGGGUCAGACUCUGUCAUCCUGCCCUGCAAAACAACAGGUGACCUUCCUGAAGACACCACAGUGGAGUGGACUCGCUCUGACCUGGAGCAGAUAGUUGUCCAUGCGUAUUCAAACAGAAGUGACCUCUUUAAGAAACAGGAUAACUUUUACUGUGGUCGCACAAAGAUGAACAACGACCUGCUGAGAACUGGAGACCUCAGUCUGACCUUGAAAUACCCCACAGAGAGAGACACAGGAGGAUAUAUCUGUAGCAUCUACAGGGACAAUGACAUCUUGAGACAGAAAGUUGUGAUGAACUAUGUCAGAGGUCAGUGCAGUAGAAACAGAUCAGAGGUCAGUAUAGUAGACUGA